GCCGCCGCCGCCCCGCGAAGCCCCCUCAGAGCAGCGCCGGCGGGGCCCGCCAGGGAGAGCGAGCGCCAGGGGCGGGAAGGAGGCAUGUGAGGCGCCUUCGCCCGCCGCCGCCGCCUUCGCUCACCUCCGCCUCUCCCCCGCCCCCCGCUCGCCCCUCACCGCCGCCGCCGCCAUGGCGCUGAAGAUGGUGAAAGGCAGCAUCGACCGCAUGUUCGACAAGAACCUCCAGGACCUGGUGCGCGGCAUCCGCAACCACAAGGAGGACGAGGCAAAGUACAUCUCUCAGUGCAUCGAUGAGAUCAAGCAGGAACUGAAGCAGGAUAACAUUGCCGUGAAAGCCAAUGCCGUCUGCAAGCUCACCUACUUGCAAAUGCUAGGCUACGACAUCAGCUGGGCAGCCUUCAACAUCAUUGAAGUCAUGAGCGCCUCAAAGUACACCUUCAAAAGGAUCGGGUACCUGGCAGCCUCGCAGUGCUUUCACGAAGGGACCGACGUCAUCAUGCUGACAACGAACCAGAUCCGAAAGGAUCUGAGUAGUCCCAACCAGUAUGACACCGGCGUUGCACUGACUGGUUUGUCCUGCUUUGUGACUCCUGAUCUGGCCAGAGACUUGGCCAACGACAUCAUGACCCUGAUGUCUCACACGAAGCCUUACAUCAGGAAGAAGGCAGUGUUAAUCAUGUACAAAGUGUUCUUGAAAUACCCAGAGUCCCUUCGCCCUGCGUUCCCCCGCCUUAAGGAGAAGUUGGAAGACCCAGAUCCCGGUGUCCAGUCAGCCGCCGUGAACGUCAUCUGCGAGCUGGCCAGGCGCAACCCGAAAAACUACCUUUCCCUUGCUCCGCUCUUUUUUAAGCUGAUGACGUCGUCCACCAACAACUGGGUCCUCAUUAAAAUUAUCAAGCUGUUUGGUGCUCUCACUCCUUUGGAACCCAGGCUAGGGAAGAAGCUCAUUGAGCCCCUCACCAACCUCAUCCACAGCACUUCCGCCAUGUCUCUGCUUUACGAAUGUGUGAACACAGUGAUUGCAGUCUUGAUCUCUCUCUCCUCGGGGAUGCCCAACCACAGUGCCAGCAUCCAGCUCUGCGUUCAGAAGCUGAGGAUACUGAUAGAAGAUUCGGACCAGAACUUGAAAUAUCUGGGGCUGCUGGCGAUGUCCAAGAUCCUGAAAACCCACCCCAAAUCGGUCCAGUCCCACAAGGAUCUCAUCCUGCAGUGUUUGGAUGAUAAAGACGAGUCCAUCCGCCUCCGGGCCUUGGAUCUUCUCUACGGGAUGGUGUCCAAGAAGAACUUGAUGGAGAUUGUGAAGAAGCUGAUGAUCCACGUGGACAAAGCAGAAGGGACAACCUACAGGGACGAGCUGCUGACCAAAAUCAUUGACAUAUGUAGCCAGUCCAAUUACCAAUACAUCACCAAUUUCGAAUGGUACAUCAGCAUCCUGGUGGAGCUGACCCGCCUGGAGGGGACCCGCCACGGCCACCUCAUCGCUUCCCAGAUGCUUGACGUGGCCAUUCGCGUCAAGGCCAUCCGCAAGUUCGCCGUCUCCCAGAUGGCCAUGCUGUUGGACAACGCCCACCUCCUGGCCAGCAACACCCAGCGCAACGGGAUCUGCGAGGUCUUGUAUGCUGCGGCCUGGAUCUGCGGGGAGUUCUCCGAGCACCUCGAGGAGCCUCACCAGACUCUGGAAGCCAUGCUGCGGCCCAAAGUCACCACGCUGCCCGGCCACAUCCAGGCUGUGUACGUCCAAAACAUGGUGAAAUUGUACGCCGCAAUCCUGCAGCAGAAGGAGCAGGCUGGCGAGAAGGAGGUGGCGCAGGAGGCGACGCAGAUGAUGAUAGAGCGCCUGCCGCAAUUCGUGCAGAGUGCGGACCUCGAGGUCCAGGAAAGGGCCUCUUGCAUCCUCCAGCUCAUGAAAUACAUCCACAAGCUUCAGAUCAAAGAGGUCCCCGUAGCCGAGGAAGUGAUCGCCUUGUUCGCUGGGGAGCUCAACCCUGUCGCCCCCAAAGCCCAGAAGAAAGUGCCCAUUCCAGAAGGCUUGGACCUUGACGCUUGGAUCAACGAGCCUCCCUCGGACAGCGAGUCUGAGGACGAGAAGCCCCGGACCAUCUUCCACGAGGAGGAACAGAGGCACACAAGGCACCGGCAGCCUGAAAUGGACGAGGAGGAACUGAAGAGGCGAGCAACCUGGCCGCUGAAUCCUGCACCAGCUGACGUUUCCGCACUGUCUUCAGAGGCAGCCCCACCUAUAACAUGCUGCACGCGAGAAGUCCGGAAGCAAGAACAAGCGAACAACCCGUUCUACAUCAAAAGUUCUCCUUCCCCACAGAAGAGGUACCAAGAUAGCCCCGGCGUCGAGCACAUACCUGUGGUGCAAAUUGACCUCUCCGUUCCUCUGAAAGUUCCUGGCUUGCCGGUUUCUGACCAGUAUGUGAAGCUGGAAGAGGAGCGUCGGCACCAGCAGAAGCUGGAGAAGGACAAGAAGAAGAAGAAGCAGAAGAAGCAGGAGAAGGAGAAGCGGGGAAAGCACCACCGGCGCCACAACUCGCUGCACACUGAGAGCGACGAGGACAUUGCGCCCGCACAACAUGUGGACAUCAUCACGGAGGAGAUGCCGGAAAAUGCUCUGCCCAGCGACGAGGAUGACAAGGACCCCAACGACCCCUACAAGGCCCUGGACAUCGACCUUGACAAGCCUUUGGCGGACAGCGAGAAGCUUCCGGUGCAGAGACACAGGAACGCCAACGACCUCAAGUCACCCCAGGAGGCGGAAGUGCUCCCCGCGGAGAAGAAGAGCAAGCGACCAAAGAAGAAGGAGAAGAAGCACAAAGAGAAGGAGCGGGAGAAGGAGAAGAGGAAGGAGAGGGAGAGGAAGAUCGAGGAGGAGGUGGAGGAGGAGCAAGAGGAAGAGGAGAAGAAGCAGGAAGACAUGGACUUCUGGCUUUCUGACGGUCCGCCGCCUGCAGCUGCUACGGAAGCAAAGAGCCCUUCUGAACCGAGCGUGAACCUCGCAGGGGCUGGGGAGCCAGUGGGGGCCCAGAAGGAAGUGCGAGAAAAAGAGCUGGAGGAGGAAGAGGAAGGAAAGUCGAAGUCCUCCAAGCACAAGAAGAAGAAGCACAAGAAAGAGGAGAAGUCCAAGGAUAAGAAGUCGAAGAAACACCAGGGCAACAGUGGAGAGGAGCUCCCUGCAGAAUCGGUGCAGAACGGGACGCUGGAGGAUGAACCGUUACCACCGAUGUCAAGUUACGCCCUCCUUGCCGAAAACGCGUACAUCAAAAUGACCUACGACAUCCAGGGGAACCUGCAGAACGACAGCCAGGUGACCGUCUCCAUCAUCUUCGAGAACAAAAGCAGCAGCUUCCUGAAGAGCAUGGAGCUGAACGUCCUGGACUCACUCAACACUAAAAUGUUCCGGCCGGAAGGCUCCUCAAUACAUGACGGAAUUCCUGUCCCUUUCCAGCUGCCCCCUGGGGUGUCCAGCGAAGCCCAGUUUGUCUUCACCUUGCAAAGUAUUGUCAUGGCACAGAAACUAAAAGGAACCCUCGCGUUUAUCAUCAAAGACGAGGAAGGCUCAACACACGAAAAGCUGGACUUCAAGUUGCAUUUCAGCUGCGCCUCCUACCUUAUCACGACACCCUGUUACAGUGAUGCUUAUGCCAAGUUGCUGGAGUCGGGGGACCUGCACGCCAGAUCCUUCAAAGUCGACAGCAUCACCAUGCCUUUCCACCACCUCCUGGCGAAAAUCUGCUUCCACCAUCACUUCUCAGUUGUCGAGCGAGUGGGGUCCUGCGCAUCGAUGUAUAGCCGUUCUAUCCAGGGCCAUCAUGUCUGUCUGUUAGUUAAAAAGGGAGAGAACUCCGUCUCCGUCGAUGCCAAGUGCAACGAGCCGACCUUGCUGGGCAACCUGCUGUCUGAACUCAAGGAGACCUUGUCGAAGUGCUGAGUUGCUCCCGAGAAACUGGUGCGAUCCGUUCUCCUCCCCCCGCCUCCCCCCGAGAGAGGAGUGUCGUGAGGCUCACACAGACUGAAUCCGGCCGAGCGAUGAAGAUUCCUCUCCCCUCCCCUCUCUCUCCCCAUGCGCACGUACGGUCCUCCCCUACCUGCCCCUCCUGGGGGCGGGCAUUUUCCCACUCCCACUCCGCCCUGGGACGCGGGGCGUGGGGGUGGGUGUUGUUUUUCGGUUCUGGCGGUUUACACAUCCCGAAGCUGUAGUCUUUUCUCUCUCUCCCCCCCUUCCCUCACAUUCCAUUUUGAACUUUUCGACCAGCCGUGGUGGGGAACUUCUUCUGUGCCAGAGAAGCGCCCUGCCAUCGUUGACGCAGCCGCCCGAGAGAUCCUUGCCACAGUCCAUGGCCCCAUGAGGUGUGGUGCUGAGCAACCCAAGAAAUCGCAGGCACCGCAUCUCUUUAAAUCGGCUCCAAUUUCACGGUUGCUCUUCUGGGUCACCGCCCUCAAUAGUGAUGGUGUGGUGGUCCACAUCCAGGCUGACUGUACCUGUAAUCAGUUUUGUUGUUGCUGUUGUUGGGGUUUUUGUUUUUUUUAAGCCCUGGCUUCCCUCCCACCACAAUCCAGUUGUGUUUGCCUCCCCUCCUGCCUUCCGAGGACGGGAUUCAUUCCCGUUCUGCGAGAUCGAUCAACUCCCCUUCCCGUGGGUCUUUGUGAUGUCCGCUUAGAGAGAGACAGAGAGAGAGCAAAAUUUCACAUUCCUGAAGUUUUUAUUUUGUUUAGAAUGUAGCAAAAAGAAAACUGGAAAUCCAAAGGUUCAUUGUCUCUUGGUUUUGUGUGUGGAUCCCACCCCCCAACUUUAUUUUUGACAUUUUUAUUUGGCUUACCAUGUUAGGUUGACCCCUUUGGUUGCUCUGGCCAUGGUCCUCCCACCAGGUUAUCCCUUUUCGCCCCAUAUUCCACCCGUUCCCAUAAACUGUGCCUUGGGCUUCUGAACUCCCAGAUCAAGACUCUAUAAUCGAUCAGCUGCGUGACAUUGGUCCGAGAAACUGGCAGACCGCACAGCUUGUGGGACGGCUUCCUUGUGUUUUUUGGAGAUUCUUGGCUGGAAACAAGUCUUCUUCCCUCUAGUUUCGACAAACCUUCCCCCACGCGCCUGUCCCAUAAGACGGAAGUGAGCCGGCGACUUAUUUAUUUUGAAAUCAGCUUGAUCACUGUUGAAAGGAAUAUGGCACUUAGCAAUUUUUUUUAAAGAACCCACCUGUUUCGCAAAAUAUCAUUUUUGAACCUCCCCACCCCCACCCCCAAAUAAAGUAUAUUUUGUGGGAUGCAGAGAGAGAGCACAGAAACAAGCAUGAAAACCCUGGUCUCUGGCUUGCUUUUUGAUGUGCUGCUUGUUUCAAGACACGGGUGCCUCAACCUUCCACCCCCCCUAUGAUUUAGGGGUAGGUUUGGGUUUUAUAAAAUCCAAAACCACUUGCAAAAUGCUUGCCGGCUUGGGGAAAGAGGGGUUCGUUUUGCUCUGGCAGAACUUCAUUAAUCAGAUGGAUCCAGGUCUCCCCCUCUCCCACAUUAUCGUCGGGACCCAUGUUGCUUGAUAAAAGUAUUAAAAAAGUUCUUUGGGGCGGGGAGAAGCUCCUGGUCAACCUUCCGUGGCUUAGUCCGGAUUUUUGCGUGCACGUUGGGAGGGAGACUGCACGGCGUCUUUUAAAUUUGUCUUAAAAAGGACAAAGGUUCCUUGGAAUUAGUGGAUUAAAAAAAAGAAGUAUAUAUAUAUCUAUAUAUGUGUACAUAUAUUCCUGGAUGAAAAAAAACCCCUCACUUUAGCAUGUAGAUUAUGUUCUCUUGCAGAAACCUUUUGGUGAUUCUAGAACCUUUAAAAAACUGUAUGAUGUGUUAUGUUUUUUUGGGGGGGGGGAGGAAGAAGAAAAUCAAACUUAUUUGCUAUCGACAUUCCCCCCAUUCCCCUGAAAUCCCCGAAAGAGAAAAACGCCACAAAGCUGCUGUACCAAUUUUUGUGUGUGCGUGUGUGUAUGUUGAGAUGAUCCAAUAAAAUUACAAAACCAGCUGA